AUGACAAUGCUCAGCGUCGCCUCCGCCUGCGGAGCUCUCGGCGAGAUCCAAUUAGCUGAGCAGAUCCACAGAUGCGCCAUCCAAGCGAGAGUCCCGCAGGACACCAUGCUGUCCAAUUCACUCAUAGACAUGUACGCGAAAUGCGGCCGGACAGACAUCGCCUACAAGGUAUUCGACCGAAUGACGGAACGGGAUGUUUCGUCAUGGACGGCAAUGAUGAUGGGGUUGGCCACGCAUGGGGACCCGGAAAGGGCGCUGGAGCUCUACGGGAGAAUGAAGGAAGAAGGGAGGGUGGCGGCGAACCAUGUGACCAUGGUGGCGGUGCUGUGUGCGUGCGCGCACGCGGGGUUGGUGGAGGAAGGGAUGAGGAAGUUUGAGGAGAUAGUGGGGGGGAGGGUGGAGGGGGUGGAGGCGACGGCGGAGCACUAUGGUUGUGUGGCGGAUAUGUUGGGGAAGGUGGGGAGGGUGAGGGAGGCGGCGGAG